AUGUCCCACCUCAAAAUCAGCGAUUACCUCUUCCAGCGCCUCGCGCAACUCGGCAUCAAAACCGUCUUCGGUGUCCCAGGAGACUACGAACUCGCCCUCCUCGACCUCAUCGGCGAUGCCGGCGUCAAAUUCUCCGGCAGUGCCAACGAACUCAUCGCCUCUAACGCCGCGGACGGGUACUCGCGCAUCAAUGGCGCUGGGGCCUUUGUUACAACGUUUGGACCCGGGGAGUUAUCGGGGUAUUGUGGGCAUGCCGGGGCGUAUGCGGAGUUUGUUCCUGUGGUGCAUGUUGUGGGAUAUCCCGGGGUGGAGGCUAUGAGGGAGGGGAGGUUGAUGCAUCAUAGUUUGGGGGAUGGGCGGUUCGGUGUGUAUCACGAGAUGGCGAUCAUCUUAGCCGACGGCAAUAUUGUCCGUAACCACCUCACCGCUGAAGCAGAUAAACUCGCCGAGCUGACUAGGUGGCCUUAUUUCACCACAUGUAUGGGCAAAGGAGGCGUCAACGAAGAGUUGCCGAAUUAUGCGGGUGUCUAUGCUGGUGGCGGCUCGAUCCCUGAGAUCCGGAAGGCCAUUGAGGACGAUUCGGAUCUCGUGCUCUGGUUGGGAAGUUACAGGACUGAUUUCAAUACCGGUGAGAUGACGGAUUUUGUCGAUGGGAAGAAGAUUGUGGAUCUGCAGCGCUUCUUCACCAAGAUUGCGGGGGAGAACUUUAAGGUGGGCAUGCACUCUGUUCUGCCUGCUCUCAUCGCACAAGUUAAGCAGGACUCCUCGGUCGUCAAGAAGGAGUCUGUGAAGGUUUCUUGGGAUCCAUAUCCCGCACCUGCGGGCCAACCCGAUAGCUCAGCAGCUCUCACCCAAGACUACCUCUGGGCCACCCUCCCUCACCUCUUCCAGCCUGGCGACUUAAUCAUAGGCGAGACUGGCACAUCCGCCUUCGGCCUCGCUGCCUCCCGCUAUCCCGCCGGCUGCAAGGGCUACAACCAGACAGUUUGGGGCAGUAUUGGCUAUGCCGGCCCCAGUGCCGUCGGCUCCUUCCUUGCUGCCCACGAGGCUGGGACUCUAAACCGUGGGAUCUUGGUCACGGGUGAAGGGAGCCUGCAGCUCACACCUAUGGCUUUUGCGGAAUUCUUGAUGUUGGGGCUCAAGCCGAUUGUGUUUGUGUUGAAAAAUGGAGGGUAUACUGUUGAGCGGCUGAUUCAUGGAAAAGAUGCUUUUUACAAUGCAGUGCCAAAGUGGGAUUAUAAGCAGUUGAGUACUGUGUUUGGGGUGGGGAUGGAGAGUAAGUACUACGGGCCGAUUGGGACGUGUGGAGAUUUCGAGGCUCUAGUCAGGAGCAAGGACUUCAGGGAUGGGAAUUGCUUUCAGCUUGUUGAGCUUAUUCUUGGCGAGAUGGAUGCGCCUGCUUCUGUCGGGCUCUCAGCGGCGGCGAUCGAGGCUUUCAAUCAGAAGCAUGCUCCGAAAGAGGCUGGUGCGAAUUUGGGAGGUUGA